CUUUGCUCAAUAAAAACCCAACUUAGCCAACCACUCGGUACACCCCAUGUUCCUGCGGAUGGGUUGCAUCCGGGGAGAUCUUUUUUCGUACAGCAGGGUCGAGGGAAUUAGGGGGUAAACCGCCAAGGAGUUAAUCGGCCCAAGCAUCGGGAAGUUGGAGACCAGGCUGGCGGGUACGGUUCUAGCUGGAAAUUAUAAAUAAAGCCCAUGCCGUGGCGAAUGUUUUCAAUGGUAAGGUGCCAUGGUGCGGAUGCUGGGCCCCGUAAAUCUCUACUAGAUAAGUCAAGGGCGCGGCCGAUCGUCGAGACGAGAAAGAUAGAGAGUUUGUUGCAGUAACCAGCCCUUUCCCCACGUUUGUGGUCGUCGUCGUUGUUUCUGUGCUAUAGAUAGACUUGCCCUUGCGUGGCAGACAGCAAACAAGACUUAGACUUAUAAGCAAACAUCAGUGUUAUACUUUCCAAGCAGCAAGAUGAAGACCAUAUCAGCAACUAUCGCACUCCUUGUGCUCCAAGUUACGGCUGUUCUCGCAGCGCCGACCCCAGCAGAUGCGGCGCCAGCCUCGUGGCGACUUGACUGCGGGUCGCCCGGCACUACGGCGCUAUGCUCGGCAAGCAACAGCGGCGCCCACUGCGAUCCCGUCUCCGGUGACCUGACAAUCAUCUUGGCCGGCACAUGCGGUGCAUGCAAAUGUGUAAGCGCGGACCAGUGCUCGCGGGGCUGCGGGAAGGAGGAGGAGGAGUAAUUGGGAAUUGAAGUUUGCAAGGGGAUAUACACGCCCAAUUACUUGAGAUGGAUAUCAUACCAAUGAUCAAGGGGACGGACGUGAGGAUUGGGAUGGAAAGGAAAAGGGGGAGGGGGUAGGAGGAGUCACAAUGCGAUACGCUGUCUAAGUUAUCACACUUACAGUAUAACAUUCCCUACCUAAGAUAUGCCGUCAAUGGAGAGCCAAUGUACGCUACGCUAAAAGGACGAAGGAAAGGCUUGCUUUUAAGUUGGAACGUUGGGCAGGUAUUGGUACUUGUUUUGCAAUACGAAUUGAUAAUUCAAAUUAAGGUCCAUGGGAAUAAGGCAUCGGACUCGGGAUAUGCGUAAAUGCAUUUUUUCAUAUUGUUUUCAUAUAAUUAAAUUUAUUAAAGUCAUCCCUUAUUCGCUAUGAACAUUGUG